AUGAAAACACAGUACGCAUUAUUGCUAUCUUAUGUUGAAGCCUUGAAAGAAAAUGGGCAUAAGGCAAAACUCGAAGUUGCAGACGGCAUCUUCAAGCGUCUAUGUAUUAUUUACCGGGAGGGCAUUCAGACUUUCCCAUUCUAUGCUGCGUGUGGGAUAAGCAUCGAUGGAACAUUCAUGAAGACGACAGUUGGGGGAACACUUUUAGUCGCUUGCUUCAGAAAUGGCAACGGUGAAAUUCAAAUAAUUGGUAUUGAUAUGGUAUCUAUAGAGAACGAAGAUAAUUGGGCUUUUUUCUCCAGCUCUUGCUCUCAAAUUUGA